ACUAACCACCUCCCCUCCCCUCCCCACUGUCUGUUUCUUGCUCCCCGAAGGCAGUGUUGUUUUCUCCUAGGACCUCACUACCUCCCUCCUUCUCCUCCUCCAUCCCUGCAGCUACAGGACCCUCUUUUUGCCUCUACGGGCUUGCCACUGCUAUUCGUCUUUGGUCGCCAUGAAGUUCUCCGGACACACACUGGGCGUCCUCCAUGCCGACACCGACGAAGUUGCCGGCACCGUGCGACUGCUCGCGGGCAAUGUGCAAGAGCCCCUCGGCCUCGAACGGAAACGAACAGCGGACGGGAUCAUUCUCGAGCCGCAGCCCAACGACAACCCGAAUGAUCCACUGAACUGGCCGAGUUGGCGGCGAGACUGCGCGCUGCUCGCCCUGGGCUGGCACUGUUUGCUCGGAGGUGGACAGACGCCCGUGCUGGCGGCCGGCUUCAAGGAUGUGGCCGAGACGUUCGAUGUCACCAUCCCGCAGGUGGCGCUGACAACUGGACUCUACAUGCUUGGGCUGGGAGUGGGAUGCGUAAUAUCUAGCCCUACGGCGCUCAUCUUCGGCAAGCGACCUGUGUACCUCGGCGGUGUGGUACUGUUCCUCGCCGCGUCGGUAUGGUCGGCCGCAUCUCAAUCCUAUUCGUCGCUGCUCAUCGCAAGGAUCAUAAUGGGCAUCGGUGUUGCUCCUUGCGAGUCUCUGCCGUCGGCUACAAUUGCGGAGAUCUUCUUCCUCCAUGAAAGGGCGUAUAGGAUAGGAAUCUACACGCUGCUGCUUCUGGGUGGAAAGAACUUGGUGCCCUUGGUGAGCGCGGUUAUCAUUCAGGCGCUGAGUUGGCGGUGGGUAUUCUGGAUUGUCGCCAUCAUCGUCGGAUUCAAUUUUUGGCUAUUGUUUCUCUUUGUCCCCGAGACUUUCUGGGACAGAACUCCGCGGCCUAAGUCGCAAGCGGAUCACGAGAGCUUUAUCCGGCGUGCCAGCUCCUCGCUAUUUACGGGAAAGUCCAUUAAGAACAAGCGGGAGGCAGAGCUCCAGGCCGCCAACGAGAAGGAGCUGGAGUUUGCGACUACAGCUGCCGCGAUAUCUCCAGUCGUCGAAGGCAAGAACCCAGACAGCCGCCACGCACAGUUCGCCGAGACGAUCGAUCGAUCAGACGAGAAGUCCGUCGCCGAGAAGGAGAAGGAGGAGGAUCUCACGGACGAGGUACUCCCGGUCCGCGAGGUAUAUGUGCAGCCCCUGGCCAAGACCUCGCGCGAAUCCCUCGACCGCUACAUCCGCGACGAAGCCCUGAAGCCGAAGGAAAACAUCGGCGCCGGACGCGCUGUAGACGAGGACGAGCGUGACAAAGAAGCGCCCCACACCUUCCGCUCCUCCCUCGCGCUCUACAAAGGCCGCCAGACCAACGUCGGGUGGUUCAAACUUGCGUUCCGCCCUUUCGUCCUUUUCGCGUACCCCGCCGUCCUCUGGAGCACCGUCGUCUACUCGCUCUCCAUCGGCUGGCUCAUCAUCCUCUCCGAGUCCGUCGCCGAGAUCUACCAGCACCAGCCCUACAACUUCAGCCGUCUCGGCACAGGCCUGAUCUACCUCUCCCCGUUCAUCGGCGGUAUCAUCGGCACCGUCGCCGCCGGGAAGAUCUCGGAUAUCAUGGUCCGCUUCAUGUGUCGCCGCAACGGCGGCAUCUACGAGCCCGAGUUCCGUCUCAUCAUGGGAAUUCCGGUUGCGCUGAGCACCGCGAUCGGACUCAUGGGCUUUGGAUGGUCCGCGGAGGAACACAAUAGCUGGAUCGUUCCUACCAUCUUCUUCGGCAUCAUUAGUUUCGGAUGCUCCCUUGGCAGUACUACUGCAAUCACGUUCUGCGUGGAUAGCUACAGACAGUACGCCGGCGAGGCGCUCGUGACGCUGAAUUUCUCGAAGAACGUCCUCCACGGCUUCGUAUUUUCGCUCUUCUUCAACCACUGGCUCGAGGCCGACGGUGCCAGAAAGGUCUUUGUCGCCCUGGGCGCGAUACAGAUGGGCUGUUUGCUGUUUACGAUACCACUUUACAUCUACGGAAAGCGGCUGCGGCUGUGGACCAUCAGGAAAAAUAUGAUGGGGAGGUUUGAGUAGAGGAGCGUUUGGUGCUGAGGAUUCUCGUGGUAUGAAUACUCUAGAGACGAUCGGUCGGUUGUUUUGAGUUGCGAGAUGCGGGGGAAAUGCGAGGGAUGUUGU